ACAGGGGUGUUGGACAAGCACGAAUCAGGAUGGUGUAUACCGCGGCUCUUCUCUUUGGAAAAGCGCUGGCCGUCCCCGCGGAGCACGAAAACGUCGCGGACAUGAUGGCAGCGUACUCUUUCAGGCUCGCGUCGCUGCGGCAAGAGGGCAGCUCCGGCCGCCGGGGGAGCGUCGACAGUUGCGACGACAGCGAAAACACUUUAUAUUAUCCCAACAUGGAUGCUGGUUUGGAGCACGAAGAGAGAGUCCUCCAACAAGACCUGACUCGCCGCAUCGAGCGCUGCCUGACCGAGGCCAAGACUUCGGUCCUCCAGUGCAAGGUGUUGCUUCUCCCCCGCCAGAUGACCGCCAGGGUCGGCCGCGACGUGCUUCGCUCCUCCACCGAUGAGCCGUGCGGACUGCGGGGCGCCUCCAUCAGGGUCUACGUGGAGACCAAGGAUGGCCUCAAAUCUUUGGGGUGCGUCCUCCCCGACUCGAGUGUCACCCCGACAUUUGAACUCUCCGUCUUGUUUAAAGCGGACAAUGACGGCUGGAAACCGCUCAAGCACAUCUUUGAGAGCAGAAAAGUGUUGAAGCUGAGGCCGGAGUACAAGCUGGUAAAGAGGAAACUCUACUCUUCUGCCAGCCCUGUCAUCCAUGAAUUUAGCUAAACCACAGACCAGCAGCGCCCCAGGGACUACAUGAGAAACCGUGUUCCAUGUCCGAAUGUUUAAGCUCAGGUGUUAACAAAUCGCCCGGUUCACAAACUGAACCUGGCAUUUUUUUUUUUUUUUUAAUAAGUUUCCUUUUUAUUAAUUUAAUAUGACUUUGCUCAAGCACAAGGGUUCAAAUUGUUUGCAUGCCUGUAACUAACAUGACUGCUAAUUUGCACAAAUUUGUCUUGAAUGAAUGUUUUAUGUCUACAUUGGAUGCAUCCCCUCUGGAAGGGGCGGGUCUCAUUCCUCAAAUGUGCUGUUUUGUAUUUAUGACGAAUAAACCAUUUUGGUCACA